UACACAAGCCUGCAAAUGUAUAUAAUUCCAAUAAACAAUAGAUAAACACAAAAUUAGCUUCACCUUGUUUAAAAAAGCUCAUUUUAAAAUUCUACUGGCAAAAGUUUAACUUACUAUGUUUUUAAUGAUGGUAGAACAUAUACAAAUUAAGCAGGCCUUUUUGGCUUUUUUAUUCGACUGUGAGGAUAUAAUGAUUCCUACAUGAUGAAUUGUGGAUUAGGGUAAGUGUUUAAAAUUUUGAUAUCCAGAUCGUCAUUUCCAAGCAAAUAGCUAUCUAAAUAUACACCAGACAAAUAACUAGGUGAAAAAUCACAUAAAACAUCCCCUUGGCAUUGGAAUUGGGAUGGUCAGCCAAUUCUUUAUCAUCCCACUGACCACAUACACUUUAUUGAGGAGUUGCGGAGUUAAAGGGCAUCACGCCACUGGUGUUCUAAUCAUCUCUUGCUGUUGCGGGGGCAUGUUAUCUAAUGUCUUUGCCUACUUCAGCGACGGAAAUUUAUCUUUAAGUGUGGCAAUGACGAUUUUGCUCUCAUUAAUGGCCUUGGGCAUGAUGCCAUUCAACCUGUGGAUCUAUGGCAACAGCUUUGAAACAGAUGAUUUAAUUAUACCCUAUGGAAGAGUAGCUUUACACCUAGUAUUCAUCUUAGUGCCAAUAAUAGGAGGCAAACUGCUCCGAUGGAAGUUUCCAGAUACAUACAAAUUCUUUACAAGGGUGGCGAAAUACAUAGGCUUCAUUGGUAUCAUUUUCUGCAUUAUCUUGAUAAUUAUUUUUUUCCCAAGAAUGUUUUCAAGCGUGCCAAGCAACGUAAGAGGAAUACUUCUCAUGCUUCCCCCACUUGGUCUCUCCCUGGGAUAUGUUCUGGCUUAUAGUUUUAAACAAGAUAUGCCGGUCAGAAAAACAAUAGCCACAGAAUGUGGAAUACAAAAUGUCUCAACUGCAAUAGCCAUUAUAACCUCUUCACUUGAACCCGAGUUUCAGGAUUCCAUGCUUCUUCUUCCCUGGUUGUACACAUUUGCUGUAAUGAGUGGUGGAUUAAUAAUAUGCCUUUUAUAUCAAACAUCCAAGCUGUACAACACUCUUAAGGCUAAAAAGGAAAAUGGUUUUAAUUUAGAAAUGUUAAAUGUAUCUUGAUUAGAAAAGCAUCCAAGUACAUUAUCUACCGGUACAUUUCACAGAUAAGGAAAACAUAUGAAUAAUGAAUUUACUAAUUAUACAGUGGAGUCUCCCUACAAUUGAAUAUUUAAAGGUUAUCUAAUUUUGAAGAAAGUUUGAAUU